AUGACGGAUUCGGCUUCGACGACCCUAAUACCGUCGUCUCCCCCAAGUCCUUCAACCGAAACAACUUCCCUGCUACCAAAGCCUGCUUCCUGGUAUCCCGAAGAUGAUUCCUCGUGGUAUAGGCAAUGGCUAUCGGAGACAUGGCUCCUCACAAAGACUUCGGUGCCGGUCAUGCUAGCGUACACUUUACAGAACAGUCUUCAGACCGUCAGCGUACUCAUCGUGGGUCGCCUAUCCCCCGAGGCUCUCGCAACAGCAGCCUUCUCGUACAUGUUUGCCAUGGCUACUGGCUGGCUGGUGGCAUUGGGAGGCACAACGGCGCUUGAUACGCUUGCCUCGAGUAGUUUCACUGGGUCUACUAACAAACACGAUCUUGGAAUCCUGCUUCAGCGCGGCAUUCUCGUUUUAAGUAUCUUCUAUGCCAUCAUCGCAGUCAUCUGGGCAUGCUCUGAGCCGAUCUUUCGUGCCCUUGGUCAAGAGGAGUUCAUAUGCGUCCAGUCCUCGCACUUCCUCCGCAUACUGAUCCCCGGCGGCCUGGGAUAUGUCUGGUUCGAGUGUAUGAAGAAGUAUCUCCAAGCACAAGAAAUCUAUCGCCCCGGUACGUACGUGCUCCUGAUAACAAGUCCGCUGAGCGCUGGGCUGAACUAUCUGUUCAUUCACACCUUCGACAUGGGACUGUACGGCGCGCCGCUCGCGACGGGCAUCGCCUACUGGAUUUCGUUCCUGCUUCUCGUUCUAUAUGCAGUCAAAGUCAAAGGGCAUGAGUGUUGGGGAGGCCUCGCGCUCCGUAAGGCGGCAAAUCCUAAGCAACUUGUGCCCUUUGCGCGCCUUGCUCUGCUAGGUUUCAUACAUGUCGGCACCGAAUGGUGGGCUUUCGAGAUCGUGGCCCUAGCGGCUGGCAGGCUGGGCAAAAUUCCUCUUGCCGCGCAGAGUGUGAUCAUGACUGCCGAUCAGAUCAUCAACACGAUCCCUUUCGGUCUCGGCGUCGCGGCGAGUGCGAGGCUGGGCAACCUGCUGGGAGCACGUCGACCAAGGGAUGCAAGGCGUGCCGCGCAUUGUGCAGCGAUUUUAUCGGUUCUGCUAGGUGCUCUGAUUUUGGCAGUACUUAUGGGCACGAAGGACGUAUUUGCGCGCAUUUUCAACGACGACGAAAGAGUGGUGAAACUAGUGAGUCAAGUUAUGCCAUUCGUGGCGCUAUUCCAAAUUGCAGAUGGCCUGAACGGAUCGUGUGGCGGUUCUCUGAGAGGUAUGGGACGGCAAUGGGUUGGAGCUCUGGUGAAUUUGGUUUCCUACUAUGGUGCCGCGCUCCCAGUAGGCAUCUGGUUGGCAUUCAAUGGCUGGGGCCUCCAAGGGCUCUGGAUCGGACAAUGUGGUGCACUAUAUCUAGUAGGUGUCCUAGAGUGGGUUAUUGUAGGACUGUGUAACUGGGACAAAGAAGUGAAGAGAGCGUUGGGAAGAUUGGAAGAUGGCGGAUCGGAAGAUGUACAUAGAAGAAUGGUUGAGUUCAGUCUGUAA